ACUGCACCGACAUAUUGUGUAAGCGCGUCGCAGAGGAUAAAUACCCAACACACCCACGAUUUUCUUGAUUAUCGUUAUUCGCUCUCUUUGCGAACGCAUUAAGCAACCAAAGCAGUGAGAGAGAUUAUCAGCGUGACCUUCUUCUUCACCAAGAGAGCGAUUUCGAAACACAAAGUCCCUCUCCUACCUCUUCUAGAUCUGACUCCGUCGUAGAUCUCCAUACCUGGAUCUGUCUCAGGAAGGGACAAUGUUUGGUGUGUACCGAGUUUUCGUGUUGCUGGUGUUUGUUAGUCAGCUUUGCAAUGGGUUUUACUUACCAGGGAGUUAUAUGCACACAUAUUCAGAUGGAGACUCUAUCUUUGCUAAAGUCAAUUCUUUGACGUCUAUUGAAACUGAGCUUCCUUUCAGUUACUAUAGUCUUCCUUACUGCAAACCACUUGAGGGUAUCAAGAAAAGUGCUGAGAAUCUUGGGGAGCUUCUCAUGGGGGAUCAGAUUGAUAACUCUGCUUAUAGGUUUCGGAUGAGGACGAACGAGUCGCUCUACCUAUGCACCACCAGUCCUCUCAAUGAGCAUGAGGUCAAGCUCUUGAAACAGAGAACCCGUGAGUUGUAUCAAGUGAAUAUGAUUCUGGAUAACUUGCCUGCUUUGAGAUUCGCUAAGCAAAAUGGGGUUACUAUCCAGUGGACUGGAUAUCCUGUUGGGUAUUCGCCACCAAACAGCAAUGAUGAUUACAUCAUUAAUCACCUCAAGUUUAAGGUCUUGGUUCAUGAAUAUGAAGGCAAUGUCAUGGAGGUGAUUGGUACCGGUGAAGAAGGUAUGGGUGUGAUCUCUGAAGCUGAUAAAAAGAAGGCACUGGGCUAUGAGAUUGUUGGAUUUGAGGUUGUUCCCUGCAGUGUUAAGUAUGAUCCUGUAAAAAUGACGAAACUUCACAUGUAUGACCCUGUUCCUUCAGUUAACUGUCCCUUGGAGCUUGACAAAGCUCAGAUUAUAAAAGAACAUGAAAGAAUAACCUUCACUUAUGAAGUCGAAUUUGUUAAGAGUGAGACAAGAUGGCCAUCCAGAUGGGAUGCCUAUUUGAAAAUGGAAGGUGCUCGUGUUCAUUGGUUCUCUAUUCUGAACUCUCUUAUGGUGAUCUUCUUUCUCGCCGGUAUAGUUUUCGUCAUAUUCCUAAGGACAGUGAGAAGGGAUUUGACAAAGUAUGAGGAACUGGACAAGGAAGCACAGGCACAGAUGAAUGAGGAGCUCUCUGGAUGGAAACUUGUUGUUGGAGAUGUGUUCAGAGAACCAGAAAUGUCAAAGCUUCUAUGCAUUAUGGUGGGAGAUGGGGUUCGGAUUACAGGAAUGGCUGUUGUCACGAUUGUUUUUGCAGCACUUGGAUUCAUGUCGCCUGCUUCAAGAGGAAUGUUACUAACCGGGAUGAUUAUUCUCUAUCUUUUCUUGGGUAUUGCUGCUGGGUACGCUGGUGUUCGGCUCUGGAGAACCGUCAAGGGAACUUCAGAAGGAUGGAGAUCGCUUUCUUGGUCCAUCGCAUGCUUCUUCCCGGGUAUUGCUUUUGUUAUACUAACAGUGUUGAACUUCCUUCUCUGGAGCAGCAACAGCACUGGAGCCAUCCCAAUCUCAUUGUACUUUGAGCUCCUGGCUCUCUGGUUCUGCAUCUCGGUUCCUCUCACCCUGUUUGGAGGAUUCCUAGGCACACGAGCAGAAGCAAUUCAGUUUCCAGUGAGAACCAACCAGAUUCCAAGGGAAAUCCCAGAACGGAAAUACCCGUCAUGGCUUCUAGUCCUUGGAGCAGGAACACUUCCGUUUGGAACACUGUUCAUAGAACUGUUCUUCAUCUUCUCCAGCAUAUGGUUAGGGAGAUUCUACUACGUAUUUGGGUUCUUACUCAUCGUUCUGCUUCUUUUGGUAGUCGUGUGUGCAGAAGUAUCAGUGGUCUUGACCUAUAUGCACCUCUGCGUUGAAGAUUGGAGGUGGUGGUGGAAAGCCUUCUAUGCAUCUGGUUCAGUCGCAUUGUACGUUUUCGCUUACUCCAUCAACUAUUUGGUAUUCGAUCUACAAAGUCUGAGCGGACCUGUCUCAGCUAUGCUUUACAUUGGCUACUCUCUGCUUAUGGCAAUUGCAAUCAUGCUCGCCACGGGAACCAUUGGCUUCCUCACCUCCUUUUACUUCGUCCACUAUCUCUUUUCCUCUGUCAAAAUCGAUUGAUACCUUGACGACAAAAUCUCAGCCGUUGAUCUCUGCUUUUCUAAAGCAAUUUCAGGUGUUGUUAUUUUUUUGUCAGUACUAGACUUGUAGAGU